GCAAAAAGUGGUUCUCGCCGCGCGAGACGGACCCUGCGAACCUGAAGUCAGUUGCGCUCGGCAUGUGGGUCGCCAGGGCCUGUUCAAUUCUGCUCGUCGCGGCCGUCCUCGUUUUUUCGGCGGCGGCCGACGGCCACUUUAAGCUGGUGGUGCUGCACAACAACGACAUGCACGCGCGCUUCGAGCAGACCAACGGCCAGUCGGGCAGGUGCGCCCAGAAGCACCUGAGCACCAAGACCUGUUUCGGCGGCUUCGCCAGGGUGGCCCAGGUCGUCAAGGACGUGCGCAAAGCGGAGGAAAACGUCAUUUUCCUGAACGCGGGCGACACUUACCAGGGCACCUCUUGGUACACCGUGCACAAGUGGCGUGUCGUGGCCGCUUUUCUCAAGAUGAUCGGAAUGGAUGCUAUGAGCCUCGGUAAUCACGAGUUUGAUGAUGGAGUCGACGGACUGGCCCCUUUAUUAGAAAACAUCACGAUCCCAGUGCUGGCCGCUAAUGUGGAUGUGAGCAGAGAACCGAGUUUAGAAAAACUGAGACCGUCUGUGAUUUUGAAUGUGGGAGGAAGAAAAGUCGGCGUAAUCGGUUAUCUCACUCCAGAGACCGUGGACUUGGUGCCGAGUGUGGGAGGAGUGGUGUUUGAAGACGAAGUGCCUGCAAUUAGGCGCGAGGUCGAUCGCUUGAGAGCGAGUGGUGUGAACAUCUUAAUUGCGGUUGGACACUCUGGCCACUCGGUGGACAAGAAAAUUGCCAAAGAAGUGGACGGACUGGACUUAGUUGUAGGAGGUCAUUCAAACACCUUCUUAUACACAGGUCGUCAGCCUGACUCGGAUAUCCCCGCUGAUUUGUACCCAACUAUGGUAGAACAGGCGAGUGGCAAAAAAAUCCCUGUGGUUCAAGCGUACGCCUACACAAAAUACAUGGGCAGAAUGGACUUGACUUUUGAUAAAAACGGCGAAAUUGUCGGCAUGGAGGGGAAGCCAAUUUUGCUCGAUUACAAUAUAGAACAGGAUCCAGAUGUUUUACAAGAAUUGAAACCAUGGGCUGAAAAGGUCGCCAGCUUGGGGCAAGAAAAAGUUGGAAAAACCCUGGUUUUCUUAAACGGAUCGCAAAACUCUUGCCGAAUGAGGGAGUGCAAUUUGGGAAAUUUCGUGUCGGACGCUUUUAUAUCCCAUUACGCAUCCACAUACUCAGGAAGUGGUUGGACUGAUGCUCCAAUUGCUGUUCAGAACGGAGGAGGAAUAAGGAGUUCCAUUGAAGAAAGCAAGGCCUCAGAAGACGGAACCAAAGGAGGAUUUGUUACAAUGGAAGAUGUCUUGACAGUUCUGCCUUUUCAAACAGGGGUUGUGACCUUACGGCUGAAAGGGGUGGAUUUGCUUGAGACGCUGGAGGAAAGCGUCAAGUUUUACGAUUUGAGCGGAGUAGAAGCACCUGGCCGUUUUUUGCAGUUUUCAGGUCUUAAAGUUACUUAUGAUAUGUCUAAACCUCCUGGAAAAAGGGUGAAAUCUGUGAUGGUGCGUUGCGGGCAAUGCCGAGAACCACGAUACUCUCCGUUGGACCCAAAUGUGAUCUAUGGUCUCGUAAUGAGUCAGUACAUCGCUGAUGGCGGUGAUGGCUAUCACGUGUUGAGCCAAAAAGGCAUGAAUAAGACGAUUUUAGAUACUGAAGAGAGUGUGAUGCUGGCCAAUUAUAUUAAACAGAAAAGUCCUGUUUUUGCCGACAUCGAGGGGAGGAUUACUUUACUAAACACGGAAACUGCAGACAACGGUGUUGCCUCGUUUCACCCAACAUUGCCUGGAGCAAUAAUUGUGUUUUCUAUCAUUUUAUUUUUCAUUAAAUAAUUUUUGAGCAAAGCUCAUGA